CACAACGUGCACAGACCGCCUGGUGGACUGAGAACGUUAGUGUGCGUUUAGGAGAUAACUUUAUACGUUUAUUUAACUUUAUUUAUAUUAGACAGGAUAUAAUAUCCAUAACAACGGAAAAAAGAGGGACAUUUUAGCACACGUACUGCUGAGAAAAACAUACAUGGGUGUGACACCCGCACAUGACAACAAAAACAACGGAUCUGCUUCCGGUUUCUGGAUGUAGCUGUCAGACACCAGCAUAUUUUUUUGAAAGAAACGGGGAAGCGCUUUAUCAGCAGAUCAGUAGCUUCAUGUAGCGAUCGUGGAAUAAUAAUAGUUCACUUUGCCGUUGUUUUGCCGUCCAAACACAGAGUAUAACCAGCGGGCUGUCACGGUUUAGCCUCCGCUACGCUUUAGUAUGAGCGAAGGAGAAGUGUUUCAUGAGAAGCAACGACUGGAGCUGUGUGCGAUCCAUGCUCUCAACAACGUGCUCCAGGAGCGGGUGUUCACCAAGGAGACAGCCGAUGACAUCUGCAAAAGGCUGGCUCCACAGUGUAUGGUGAACCCUCAUCGCUCAAUGUUAGGCACAGGAAACUAUGACGUCAACGUCAUCAUGGCGGCCCUACAGAGCCGGGAACUGGCUGCUGUGUGGUGGGACAAACGCAGGACAGUUCAGAGCCUUUGCAUGUCAAAGGUCCAUGGUUUUAUUCUUAAUGUCCCAUCACGGGUGUCUCUGGGGAUCGUGUCCCUCCCACUCCGACGGCGGCACUGGCUCGCAGUUCGGCAAGUCAAUGGACAGUACUACAACCUGGACUCCAAACUGAAGAGCCCUCUCUGUAUUGGGGGAGAGGUAGAACUACGCACAUUUCUCAGCGAACAGCUUUCUCAGGACGUGGCAGAGAUGCUGCUGGUCGUCCAGCGGGAAGUGGAGGAGGAUGGUUCGUGGCUGAACUCUGACAACCCCAAGAAGUGAUGCCUUGGACAUACCCUUACAUAGCAUGGAAAAAGAUAUCCUCUGGGAUGAUGACAGACUUAAAAAAAAAAAAAACCUCAUUCAGAAAACUCUUCAGGGAAUGCACUAAAUACAUUUAAUAUCUACACAAUUCCAAAGAGAAGCAGUGACGGGCGUUACUCCUGACAUGAAGAACGUUAUGAUUGUAGCCGCUAUAGAAGCUUUUGUUCUGAUAUGACCCCUGUAUCUGUGUUGCCCAUCUCUCUUUACCUUUAUUUUUAACACUAGGGAGGUGCAUUUAAGCUUUCAAAGUUUGAGGGCUUGUUUGAUGAUACUUGAGUUGUGACAUGACUGACAUUUCUCUGUUUGUUAGGAAAGAUUGGUGUGUGUGUGUGUGUGUGUGUGUGUGUGUGUGUGUGUGUGUGUGUGUGUGUGUGUGUGUGUGUGUGUGUGUGUGUGUGUGUGUGUGUGUGUGUGUGUGUGUGUGUGUGUGUGUGUGUGUGUGUGUGUGUGUGUGUGUGUGUGUGUGUGUGUGUGUGUGUGUGAGAAAAACCAUCUGCAAUAAGGAUAACUGGACUAGUUUGAGGGCUAAAACAUCAAGAUUUAAAAUGUUGUAGUCUAUUACAAUUAAUCGCCAAAAUCACAUCAGUCUGUACUGCGUGUAAAAGAUGGUCUUGGCAAAUGUUAUCAUGCAGCAGCUGAGGGCCCCGUUUCUUCCCACAACUGUUGUUGUAAACCUUCUAUGCACUGAUUUUGAUUUCUUAGCAAUGUCUCUUUUCUCACUGGUACUGCAAUGGUACCACCUAAUGAGGCAUUCAAGAGCCUCCAGUGUUUUUGCAUGCUUUGGUACAUUCACUGCAGCUGUUUAGACACUUUGAAGAAGAAAUGGCAGAGAUUUAAAUUUAAGAUCUGUGAUCCAUCACAAUUAAUUUGUGACUCCCAUUUGUUUUUGUCAAAGUGAUGUUAAUUUUGUGGGAAGUGUGCAGCUGAAUCCACCCAGUAAUGAAGCUUUAAAAAAAUGAAAGCAGACAUGACUUUGAUUAGGAUAGACUGCAAAUGAAUGCUGAUUUAAAGUCUCUUCAGGUUGAGUUUCACACAGCUGUAUCAUGAAUGAAAGACGUUAAAAAGGUAGUCAUUCACAGUAUUUUAAAUCUAAAAGGAACUGUUCCACGAAUGUAAGUACACUAUUCUUUAUUCUAGUUUUUAAGUAACAUGCAAAAACACUGGUUCUGUGAAUGUAAACGUUCUACGUUUGUGUUUUGUCUAUCCUAUUGAUCUAUGCAUAUCCAAAAUAGUAGGAGCACCGUCUCUGGUACACAUUGGUGAAUGACUCACACAUAAACCCAGACUCAGAGGUUCAUUUUAGUGAAACGUAUUUAUAUUAAACUUUGACCUCUUGUUUUCAGUAUGAA